AUGGCAACACCAAGAUGCAGUACACCAAAAAACCAAAACCCCAAAGGCCUCAAAGCCCAAGAACCAAAAACCCUGCUCACCCAGUCUGUUGAGGACAAGACGAAGGCCUUCGGUAUCGACUCUGCCAACGUCUUCGGCUUCUGGGAUUGGGUGGGUGGCCGCUUUUCCGUUUGCAGCGCGGUGGGUGUCGUGCCGCUCGCGUUGCAGUACGGCUUUGAUGUCGUUCAAAAGUUCCUGGCGGGCUGCCGGGCCAUGGACCUGCACUUCCGGGAUGCGCCGUUAGACAAGAACCUUCCGAGCAUCCUUGGCUUGCUUUCCGUUUGGAAUGCCUCCUGCCUUGGCUACGAGGGCUGUGCUGUGCUGCCGUACUGUCAGGCCUUGGUGCGCUUCGUGGCGCACAUCCAGCAACUGGACAUGGAGAGCAAUGGCAAGCGUGUGCAGAUGGAUGGCGCUGAAUGCACGGUGCCCACUGGUGCCAUUUACUUCGGCGAACCCGGUACGAACGGCCAGCACAGCUUCUACCAGCUGAUGCACCAAGGACGCGCAAUUCCGGCCGACUUCAUCGGCUUCAAAGUGUCGCAGAACCCGAUCAGCUUGGAUGGCGAGCCGGUGUCCAACCACGAUGAGCUUAUGUCCAACUUCUUCGCGCAGCCCGACGCUCUCGCGCUGGGGAAGACCGCAGAGGAGCUAAAG